AUGGCCGUCGCCUACAGACAAAUGUCUCUCCUUCUCCGUCGCCCACCAGGACGUGAGGCUUACCCCGGUGAUGUCUUCUAUCUCCACUCUCGUCUCCUCGAGCGUGCUGCCAAGAUGAGCGACAAGCACGGUGGUGGAUCUUUGACUGCUCUUCCCAUCAUUGAGACCCAAGGUGGUGAUGUGUCCGCUUAUAUUCCAACCAACGUCAUUUCCAUUACCGAUGGACAAAUUUUCUUGGAGGCCGAGCUCUUCUACAAGGGCAUCCGACCUGCCAUUAACGUCGGUCUCUCUGUGUCCCGUGUCGGUUCCGCUGCCCAGCUUAAGGCCAUGAAGCAAGUUGCCGGUUCCUUGAAGCUUUUCUUGGCCCAGUACCGUGAGGUUGCAGCUUUCGCCCAAUUCGGUUCUGAUUUGGAUGCCGCUACCAAGCAAACCCUCAACCGUGGUGAACGUUUGACUGAGCUCCUGAAGCAAAAGCAAUACUCUCCCAUGGCCGUUAACGAAAUGGUUCCUCUCAUCUACGCUGGCGUCAACGGACAUCUUGAUAGCAUCCCAGUCAACAAGAUCCUGCAAUGGGAGUCUGACUUUAUCGCACACUUGAAGUCGAACGAGUCGGAUCUGUUGGCCACAAUUGACAAGGAGGGUGCAUUAAGCAAGGACCUCGAGGCAAGACUGAAGGACGUUGUCACUACCUUCACCAAGAGCUUCGCCUAA